AUGGCGCCGCCGGCCCCCGGGCCGAGCGCGGCGCCCACCUCGGCCCCGCCCGGCCCGCCUCGAGCCGCGGGCCCCGCCGCCCGCCCGGCGCGCUGCCGGCUGCUCCGGCCGCCGCCGCUCACGCGAGAGCCGCCGCGCGCCGCCGCCACCACCGCCGCGGGGGAACGAACGCGCCGCGCGCCGCGGGCCGCCGGCCGCCCCGCAUACUCCUGCCGCCCUCCGGCCGACCUGUCGCCCCGGGAUUCGCCGUCGGGCGGCCGCUUCCGGGUCCCGGGCCGUCCGCCGGAAGCGCGCGUGCCGCGCGGCCCCCUGGGAAGCGCAGUCCAGCCGACGCCCAUCACGCACGCACGCGCCCGGUUUCCGCGGGGGGCGCGGGUCCAACCCACGCCGGGGGCCGCUGUGCCGGGGCCGGGCAGCUGCGGGGGCGGGCGGGCGCCGGGCCUUCCUGGGGGAGCGGCCGGUGCGCAUCGCGGGGCGCGGGGCCAGAACCCAGCCGUUCUGCUCCUCUGCGGCCCGGGUCGGGAGCGCGUCCGGCGCUCACAGGGGCCGUCCACGCUGCUCCCGGUGCGGGGGACAGCGACUUCGGCCGGGGCGGCGGAGGGUGUGAGGGAGCGAGGCUGGUUGCAGGGGCCCCGCGGGGCCGCGCGCUGCCUGGGUCUGAGCCGGAGGUUGGGGCCAUUAGGGGCUUUCCCUGCUCCUCACACCCUCGUGCGCUUGGCUUUUCCGCCCCGUAGACCCCACUCACGGCCCCGCGGGCUCAACCACUGGGAGCGUGUGUCGCGGCAGCGCUUCUCGCGUUCGCACUGUGCCUGGCAAACCUGCCUCCUGUCCCCUGCGCGGGAACUCCAGCCUCCGCAGGGGACCGAGAGUCACAGAGCCCCUCUGACCCCUGGGCUGUCCUGCCUUGCGCUCCUGCCACGCCUGAGGAGCCCCCAGAGCCAGGCCGGUCCGCACCCGGCUCCGGUGUUCGCCGUGCGGGAAGGAGUGCGGCGGGCCACGGGGAACGGAGACCAGCUCCAACCGCAGAACCAUAAGGGGGGUUGCGGGCUAUACGGGACGGCGGUCUCCCGGAGUCCAAAGGCCAGCACACAGCCGAGCCUCGGGAAGGAGCUGCAGAGGCCUGGGAACGCUGAGGUUCUUACCCCUGUCCCUCUUCUUCAGACUGAGUUUUGGCCCAGCUCAAAGUCUGCCCACGUGCAGAGAUCUGUCGGCAAGCAGGGACCAAGGCCACACCACCAAACAGGAGUCCUGCUGCUCGUGCAUCUAGAAGCUGAUGCAGGCGAGUCGGGUCCAAGGAUCCCGAGGGAGUCCUGCAGGACCAGCCCAGUGUGUCCCUGGGUCCGCACGGGACAGAAACGGAGCGCGAGCCAGCCCGAGAUGAAAGCAGAGUUUAUGGCCGUGAGAGAGCGCGGGUUCCAGGAGAGUCUGGGAGACUCAGGAAAGGAGGGAGUCUCCUCUUUGGGACCUGGGGUUUUUAUGGGGAUGGUGGUCUGCUGUAAGCUCUCUCAGACAUCCAGAGGUCUUUCGUGGGUCAGUUAUCUAUUGGAGCCUGGGUCAUGGCAUUGAGAUGUUUAGGGCCCGUAGCGGGGAACACACAUAUGAUGAUUUCAUCUUGUCGGUCUCGCCUGGUCCUUCCUCAGAUGUUGUCUGUUCUAGAGAAAUCACUAACUCCUUAUCCUCUACAAGGAGGACAUACACUAUUUAUAGUAUGAGGCUUGUGUAAAGCGGGAGAGCAGGUCCUAGCAAGAGAAGAAGCAGGAAAAGGAAGGAAAACAAAAAAAAAAAUUUUUUUUUUUUUUGUAUGGAGUCCUUCAGUUUCCUUAUCUCAAAGUUGUAGAAAGGUCUUGCAUGGCAUUCUGGAAGGUUGGAUACAAACCCCAUGCUGUGCAGGGACUUGGGACCGACCCGGCUUCUAGGCUGCUUCCUCUCUUGACCGUUGUAGUGAAUGCUGCUGGAAGCAGAGGAGUGCAUGCAUGUAGCCCUUUGCAUCAGUAUUUUUGUAUCCUUUGGGGUAAAUACUGAAUAUUGCAAUUGUUGGGUUGUA